GCUAUCAUAAGCAGUGUAAGCUCUAAUCAAGCCUGCAAUUCUGAGUGGCAAUAUGUCCGUGGAGCCACCGGUCAAGCCAGGCAGCAUGGAAAAGAUUGAAAACACGAGGCUCGAGUCAUUCAAGAAGAAGGCCAUUAGUGCCUCGAACAAGUUCAGAAGCUCUCUAAGCAAAAAGAGCAGGAGAAACAGCAAAGUGUUUUCGCUUGUCAUGGAUGACGAGCACGAUGCUGAGGAAGUUAAAUCUGUUGAUGCCUUCCGCCAAGCUCUUAUCCUCGAGGAAUUGCUUCCAGCGAAGCAUGAUGACUAUCAUAUGAUGCUGAGGUUUUUGAGGGCCAGGAAGUUUGACAUUGAGAAAACAAAGCAAAUGUGGUCUGAUAUGCUCAAUUGGAGGAAGGAGUUUGGGGCUGACACAAUCACAGAGGACUUCGAUUUCAAGGAGAAAGAAGAGGUCCUUAAGUACUAUCCCCAAGGGCAUCAUGGGGUCGACAAGGAUGGAAGGCCGGUAUAUAUUGAAAGACUUGGUCUGGUUGAAACCACGAAGCUCAUGCAAGUUACCACCAUGGAUCGUUAUCUGAAGUACCAUGUACAGGAGUUUGAGAGGACCAACAAUGAUAAAAUGCCAGCUUGUACAAUCUCUUCCAAAAAACACAUUGAUCAGAGCACAACUAUUCUGGAUGUGCAAGGAGUGGGACUGAAAAACUUCACCAAGUCAGCUAGGGAACUCAUUCAGGCCCUUCAAAAAGUUGAUGGUGACAAUUACCCUGAGACCUUGUGUCGUAUGUUCAUCAUCAAUGCUGGAUCUGGAUUUAGGCUCUUGUGGAACACAGUCAAGUCUUUCCUUGACCCCAAGACCACUGCUAAGAUUAACGUUCUUGGCAACAAGUACCAGAGCAAGUUGCUUGAAAUCAUUGAUGCAAGUGAACUUCCAGAUUUCUUUGGUGGCACCUGUACUUGUGCUGAAAAGGGAGGAUGUAUGGUCUCUGACAAAGGCCCAUGGAAUGACCCAGAAAUCAUGAAGAUGGUUCGCAAUGGCGACCACAAAUGCUCAAACCAUUCGGCCAAUUCAGCUUCAGCUUCAGCUUCAGCUGUUGAAGAGAAAACGAUUGUAGAGUACGAGGGUUCGAAUAAUGUGAAGAAAGCUGUUUCUUUCAAGGUGGAGUCUCCCAAGAAGGUCUCUGCUCUUCAACAGGAAAUGCAGAUGCCCCAACCCGAUCAGUAUACCCCCCCGGUGAACAAGAAUGUUCCACCAAAUUGGAAUAGAGCAGUAAGUACCGCAAAGGGUGACAACUAUGCUGUUGCAAAAGUGCCAAAUUUUUACCCGGUGGCUUACACGUCCCCAGACGGAGGCAACCAGCUCUUCUCUAGCAUGAUGACGUUUUUCAUGGGCGUCUUCACCAUGGUCAGGAUGUCACGCAACAUGCCUGCUGCUCCUAGGGGUUUCAAUGAUCCCGGGUUUUGCUCUGGCAACGGGAUGAUGAAUGGCCAGGGAUAUCAGCUCCCUGAAUCUACUGUGUCUGUCACAGAGUUCAUGAACAUGAUGAAACGCGUGGGAAGCCUGGAGGAGAAGCUCAUUACUCUCAGCAAGGAACCACCCACCAUGCCACCUGAGAAGGAGGAACAACUCAACAAUGCUUUGAGUCGCGUUGAUGCCUUGGAGCAAGAACUCGAAGCCACCAAGAAGGCUCUCGAGGAGACUCGUAGCCAUCAAACUGAGAUAGAAACCUAUAUCGAGAAGAUGAAGAAGAAAAAGAAGUUCUUUGGUUUCUAAUCAUCCAAAUUGUGACACACUAAACAUCUGUAGCUACCUACAUAUGUAUAGGAAGACCAUAAAAGGUAAGUACCUUUAUAUAUUAGGGGAGAUGAUACUUUUAUUAACAAUCAAACCAUAAUGGUAAAUCAUAUUUAGUUCA